CCUCCAGGAGCAGCACAAACCCCGGGCAGCCCUUGCAACACCCCGGAUUUCGCCGGGAUUUGGAGCACUGGCAGCUCCUGGCCUCAGGUUCCUGGUGCCAGCAGCUCAGCUGAGGGAGGAGGAGAGCUCAGCUGCUUCUUCCUGGGAAGCAGGAGGGAGAGCUGGGUCCCACAGCAGCCAGGAGCCUUUGGGAAGCAGCAGCAGCAGUCUCACAAACCCUGAGCUCUGCAGCACUUCACUGCAACACACUAAAAAUGGAGCCCCAUCUCUCUCUCCAAGGCCUUUGGAGGAUAAACUGUCCAAUUAAGAAAUGACACCUCAAUUAUUUUCCCUUUUAACCCAACACCCAACCACCCGUGCCCACAAUGGGAACUUUUUUAUCCAAUGGCACAAAACCAUCCAAACCCAUGGAGAAGGAGGAGAAGGAGAAGGAGAAGGAGAAGGAGAAGGAGAAGGAGGAGAAGGAGAAGGAGAAGGAGAAGGAGAAGGAGAAGGAGAAGGAGAAGGAGAAGGAGAAGGAGAAGGAGAAGGAGAAGGAGAAGGAGAAGGAGAAGGAGAAGGAGAAGGAGAAGGAGAAGGAGAAGGAGAAGGAGAAGAAGAAGAAGAAGAAGAAGGAGGAGGAGAAGGAGAAGGAGAAGGAAGAGAAGAAGGAGAAGGAGCAGCCUCACCCCAAAACCCCCACCUUGCUUUCUGUCUCUGACUGCAUUCUAAACCCUUAGCUCUGUGUGAAAACCACAUUCAGUCUCUUGUGAAAAUUCCAAAGUUUAAUAAAGGCUGAUAGGAGAUGAGGGCCACAGAGCAAAGGUUGUUACAGCCAGGUGUAUUUUGGGGGACAUUCCUUAAAUGCUCUUUUCAUUAUAUUGGCCUGCUGUGUAUUCACAGAGUUUUAUGCAAAGUGAACUUCUCCUCACCCUUAGUUUGCAUGUUUCAGAGUUGUUUAGGAUGGCUCCUCUUUAGGCCUGCCUGUUUGGGGUAUGCUUUUUUUGGGAUGUAGUUUUAGUCUGUUCUUAUCACUUCCAGUUUCUAGGCCUGGUCUGCCCUGUCUUUAGGAGGUGGGUGUUCAUAUUUGUAGCAAGAUUUCUCAUUUUAUGUUUAUUGAUGUUAUCUCAUCUAAGCAGACAUUUCAAUACAAGCAGAGCUAUUUCAUUACUAUGUCCAAGCUUAAUUAAUAACAGAAAUAAAAAUUAUAUCUUUAUAACAAAGUUACUUUAACACCACCCAUAUAAAAUCCAUUUCAAUAUCUGUGAAAAGCCAAUAUUAUAAUAUGUAUCUCUAACACACUGAGUUUCCCACCCUGGGAUAUCACACACUUCUAUCCAAACCCCACUCCCCCAAUCCCAGUUCUGUCAUUCCAUUCUGGAAGCUUCUCCAGGCCCUCAGGUCACUGCAGUGUUCUCUGGGGGUCAGUGCCUGGCAGCUCAGAAAGUUUAAAAUUCUCAGUAAAAAUCUGAAAUUUUCAAUAUCCAGGGUUCCAACACCAACUAUGGCCAGGACUGAGUGAAGGAGCUGGGGUGGUGCAGGAUUUCCAGGGGGAGGGUGGGAAUUCUGGGAGUGUGGAAUGAGGAAGAUUUCUGUUGGAACCCAGGGCACAGGGAAUGUUUCUCUGCCUGUCCUGAGAAGUUCUGACCCCCAGGAGAACUCUGCUUUUAGCCUUCAUCCAUGGAGAAAGCUUCCAAGCCUUUGGGAUGAAUUGGAAUCUAUGUGUGUGAAAUAGACAGUGGCAGAGUUUAUCACAGGGUGAAAAACUCAGAGUUUUGGGGUUUUAGUAUGGAGGUGGGCAGGAGACAGGAUGGAGGAUUUGGGGCACUGUCUGAUCUCCUUGUUCUUCAUCUGCUCCAUUUCCUGCAGUGGUGGGAGCACAGAGUGAUUGGUGAGAAAGAGCCACAACGCAGAUGUUGCAUGAACAAACAAAUAAUUCGUUAUUGGUAGAAAGGUAGAAAUAAAAUAUGUUCUAAAAGUUAAUUGAACAAAAUAGCCUUAAAAGACCUUAAAGCUGUGUGUCUUGUGACUUUUGGUGCCUUCUCUUCGUACACUAAGUCUGAGAUGCAGAGGAGUACUAAACUAUUGAUAAGAGAAAAAUAAACAACAACCUGAAGACCAAAAA